UUCUGCAUCCGUUCUGCUGGAAUAGAACAGAACACACACAGUACACAGUGUCUGACGACUUGAUCAGGAAGAAGCUGGUUGUUAUCAUUGUUCAGAUCGUCCAUAGAGUUUAUUUCUGUCAGUGGCACGGACUGUUUUGGAAGGGUUGUCCCCCGGCCCAGGAGACAGGAUGGAGGACUGUCAGAUGUUCACUGACGUCCACUCCAAAGAGAUCCUGUCCACCAUGAACUCCCUGCGCAAGGCCAACAAGCUGUGCGACGUCGUGUUGAGGGUGGAGAACCAGCGGUUCCCCGCACAUCGUAUCGUCCUGGCGGCCAGCAGUGACUACUUCAAUGCUAUGUUCACUAGUUCAAUGAAGGAAAAAGACAAGUCAGAGAUCGACCUGCUGGAGAUCCCAGCGUCUGUGAUGGAGAUCCUGCUGGACUUUGUCUACACGGAGACGGUCGAGGUCAGCGUGGAGAACGUGCAGGAGUUGUUGCCCGCCGCCUGUCUGCUGCAGUUGACCGGUGUGAAGAACGCGUGCUGCAGGUUCCUGGAGCGUCAGCUGGAUGCCAGCAACUGUCUGGGCAUCAAGGUGUUUGCCGAGAGCCACAGCUGCCAGUCUCUGCUCCACGCCGCCGAGCGAUUCUCCCUGCGCCACUUCCACUCGGUCAUCGAGAACGAGGAGUUCAAGACCAUGCAGUUUGAAGAAGUCGAGUCUCUGGUGGCCAGUGAGGAUCUGCAGGUGAAGAGCGAGGAGACGGUGUACCAAGGGGUGAUCACGUGGGUCAAACACGAGGAGCCCGUACGGCUGAAACAUCUGCCGCAGCUUCUGACCCACGUGCGUCUGUCGCUGCUCUCCGUACACUUCAUCACCGACGUCCUGGAUAACGAGAUCUUAAUCAAAACGAGCCACGCGUGCCGGGACCUGGUGGAUGAGGCCAAACGCUACCACCUGAGGCCUGACCUACGCGACGAGCUGAGUGGACCCAACACCACGCCCAGAGCAGGCACAGACAGUAUACUGGUGGUCCUGGGAGGCUUCGGAUCCCAUCAGAACCUCGUGGAUACCGUGGAGAGUUUUUGUUCAAAGACAGAUUCCUGGACCAAGUUACCUAAUCUGAGCCGCAAGCGUCGCUACGUGUCUGCAGCGUCAGUGGCCAACAAGCUGUACGUGGUGGGGGGCUACGACGGAAAGUCUCGCCUCAGCCUCGUGGAGAAGCUGGACUUUGGCCAGGAGAAGCUGCAGUGGGAGACGGUCACCUCGAUGCAUCAGCGCCGGGGAUUGGCCGGGAUCUGUGUCUACAAGGACCAGCUGUACGUGUGCGGUGGCUUCGACGGCUACUCGCGUCACUGCAGCCUAGAGCGCUUCAACCCUCUGACAGAGCAGUGGACGAUGCUGAGCGCCAUGGCAACGGGCCGCGAGGGGGCGGGGCUGGUGGUGGCCAGUGACAUGAUCUUCUGCAUCGGGGGCUACGACGGGACCAACCUGCUGUCGUCGGCCGAGUGCUACGACCCGCUGAUUGACCAGUGGAGCAACAUUCCUCCCAUGACCACGCAGAGAUCAGGUGCGGGCGUGGCGGUGCUGAACAACGUGAUCUACGUGUGUGGGGGCUACGACGGGGCCGACCACCUGGCCAGUGUGGAGUGCUACAACACGCGCGCCGGCUACUGGAGCACGCUGGCCUCUAUGUUGGUGCCGCGCUGCUACGUGGGCGCGUGCGUCUUCCAGGGGAAGCUCAUGGUGGUGGCUGGAUACGACGGCAAGAUCCUGCUGGACACGCUGGAGAUCUACGACACUGCCUCCAGUGCCUGGAAGACCAUGAGCAAGUCGAUGAGCAUAUCGCGCUGCGACGCUGGGGUCACGGUCAUACGGCCGGUGUAGCCUCGCUUACUGACGUCAUUCUCGGUCACUGACGUCGCUCCCACCUCCGACGUGACUCUGACGAUAAACCGCCAUCGCUGGGCUCACUCCACCACAUGUGUCCUUUCUUCCUUGAGGUGUGCACAACAUGCCAAGAUAAGUUUACUUUUGUUUUAGUUUGUAAGAGUUUUAUGGCACUUGCAACACGAAUAGGUCAUAUAAGUAUCACAGAUUAGAGGGGAUACUGAUACCACAGAGAGCCAUGCAAAGAUAAGGUUACUUUACUUUUAGCAAAUAGGUCUUAUAAGUAUCCCACAGAUUAGAGGUGUUACGAGAGAGAACCUUGCAAAGAAAAGGAGAAAGAGAGAUAGACAGGUUAGGUGUUUAGUAAGAAAGAAGGAGCAAACCACACUGGAGUAUUGACUAACUACACACAAUAUGAUUAGAUAAGAUAUGUAUAUAUGAUUUGUGGAGACUUCACUGGAAAAACUGUCUUAUCUUAUCUUACCAGCAUUCUAAGAAAGAAACAGGGUAUGAAUUGCAAGUAAUGACCUGUGUUGUAAUUGAAAAUCUUAUUCAGAACUUUUUUACCUGUCAGGGAUUUUGAUUUUGAAUGUUAUUCCGCGCGAGUGUCUUCAUAACACAUAUAAACAUGACAUAUCAUGUAUACAUCAUGUGUUUUAUUGCGACUCUAUAGGAAAAUAUUUGCCUUGUCUUAUUUUACCAGCUUUUUGGAAGAGAAACGAAGGAUGUCUUUUAUUUAAAUUGAAAUCUUAGUGAGAAAUUGUUUCUUUUUAGGGAUUUGAUUUUUGAAAAGUUACUCAGCAUAGGUACUGGGCAUGAGCACUGGGGUUACGUGUAUAAGUGUGACUUGCUGAGUGACUGAGUGUGUUCCACGUUUGAGAAUGACGUAUAUCUAUUGAUGUGUGGGUGUGUUUGUCUGUCUAUUCAGACUGCUAGAUGUCUGUGGUGAGGAAUGGUGAGAACUCUGUCUGUAGUAUUUCUGUGGUGAUCACUUCCAGAGUCGAUGUGUAGAUGGGUUUGUCUGUUUGAGUUAGAGAGAAGCAAAUUGUUGAACGAUGACAGGUGUUGAGCAUUUUACCGUCAGGAUGGACAGACAAAAUGACAAGUGGCGACAGUAGAGAAUAAGACAUAUCAGUGCUACACACACACGUAUGCACACACACACACGCACAUACGCAUGCAAGCACACAUGCAAGCACACAUAACACACCCAUGCAUGCACAAAUACAUAUACACACACCCACACUCACAUGUAAUAUAAUACAGCUCCACCCUUGUUAGAAGAGAGAGCAGAACAUUAUUCAGUGCCUUUUGGUCAAUUGCAUUUAUCGUUUUGUUGGCGACUUUUCUAAAGGGGCUCUGGACCGAGGGUGAUCUGGUCAGUCAUGUGUCUGCGUGUUCUAAAUGUGUGCGAGAAAAAGUUUGGUGAAAUCUAACAAGGGUUUGAGUUUGAGCUGAAGUAAUGUGCAAAAGUAAAAGUAGUUCAACUGUAAGGGCAUCAAGAACGUUUCAACUCUUGAAAAGAGCAAUGGACUGGGAAAACAAAAAUAUCAGAGCAACAGUACAGCUGUACAUCUCGUGUAAUUAAUUCUCAUAAAG